AUGCCGUCUGACUGCACCUUCACUUUUGUUGACGGAAAACUUAUCGAAGAACAGAAGAAGAUUAAAGAUGAUGACAAGGAAAGCCAUUUUGAGCGUUAUAUUGAUGCUGAUGGAAAAUUGGUGAUUACUUGUAAGAGUGGAAAUGUUGAAGCUGUUCGAAAGUAUGAAAAAAUUUAAGUUUAAGGAAGAAAAGGAGGUUUGAGAGUACAAAAAGAAAACAUUUUUUGAUAUAAAAAUUUUUUUUAAUUGAUAAUUUUGCUGCCUUUUCUGGAUUUUAUUGGGCAUUCUUUUAAUUGUAUUCACUUUAAUUUAAAAAUUUAAUUGAUUAUAAAUUUAAAAGGCGCUUUAAUUUUUUAUUUUAUUUUUUGUUUUGGGUUAUUGACCUGUUUAUUUUUACGUAUUGUGUGCUUGAUUAUUUUCUAGACUGGAGGAAUUCUUGUAUGUGCGUCUUUUAUGUGCGUAUUAUUAUUUCUUUUAAGGGUCUGAUUUGGUCAGCCAAUCAUAAAAACGAGUUAUCCCACAUAAGCGCACAUCACGACUUUCGUUCUUUAUCAGGCUGUAACUUUC